AUGAAUCGUAUUCCAACAAUCGGCCUUGGAACAUGGAAAUCACCACGUUCAGAAGAUCUCAUCAACGCAAUUGUUUAUGCCGUAAAAGAAGCAGGCUACGUCCACAUCGAUUGCGCUGCAGUUUAUGGCAACGAAGAUAUCGUUGGCCAAGCAUUCAAGAAGCUUUGGGAAUUAGGCAUCAAGCGUGAACAGCUUUGGAUUACAUCCAAAUUAUGGAAUGACAAGCACAAACCAGAGCAAGUUGAACCAGCAUGCCGCCAAACACUCAAAGAUCUUGGUCUUGACUAUCUUGAUCUUUAUCUUGUUCACUGGCCAUGCCAAUUCCAUCCACCAGAGGUUGCUGAAAAGGAAGGAACCUUCGAUCAUACAACAUCUAUUGUUGACACAUGGAAGGCCAUGGAAAAGCUUGUUGAACUUGGUUUAACAAAGCGCAUUGGUGUUUCAAACUUCACAGUUAACCAAUUAGAACGUCUUAAAAACUCUGAUAUCAAGAUCAAGCCAUACACAGAUCAAUGCGAAUUCCACAUUUACAUGCAACAAGCACCACUUAGAAGAUAUCUUCAUGAAGAAGGUAUCAUCUUAACUGGAUACUCUACAUUAGGUUCUGCAGACUCUAAGAUCCCAGAUUCCCCAGUUUUACUGAAGGAUGAAGUUCUCAACCAGAUUGCCACUGAAACAGGAAAGACAGUUGGCGAAGUUGCACUUAAGUUCCUUCUUACUAUCGAGCCAGGUGCUUCUCUCCUUGCUAAGUCUAUCACUCCAGAAAGAAUCUACAAGAACAAUCACUUAGAUUUCGAAUUAUCUCUUGACCAAGUCGAAAGACUCAAGAAGAGAGAAAGAUUCUUCAGAUACGGUGAUGCUAGAAGAACAUGGGGUGGAGACACAUUCGGUGAUGGAUGGUAA